AUGGGCAGUUCGGCUCUCAGUGCGGCGAUCGGUCCCAUCGAAGUCGAGUUCCCAGGAUACAGCGCUCAAGUGUACUCUCUAGGUCAGUACAAGGUCGCGCUCGUCACACAUGCCGGCGAUCUUCAGCUCACCGGAAUCUACAUCCUAGGCUUCGUGUUAGGCCCUUUCCUCUGGGCCCCAGGCAGCGAGGUGUUCGGGAGGCGGCCCAUCUACAUAUGGACUCUCAUUCCACUUACGGCCUUUGACGCCGCGGUGUGUGGCGCCAAGUCAAUGCCGGCGCUGCUCAUCUGCCGUUUCCUGGCGGGAACGUUUGGCUGUAGUUCCAUGACGAACGCAGCGGGCAUCAUUUCAGACAUGUUCCUCGCUGAGCAGCGUGGCCUUGCCAUGGGCGUCUUUGGCGCCAUGCCGUGGCUGGGACCGGUUGUGGGGCCAUUGGUUGGCGGCUUUCUGGGUGAAGCUGAUGGAUGGCGAUGGGUCGCGGCUGUCGUGGCCCUCUUCUCGGCCCUCCUUGCUGCAUUGCAUAUCAUCUUCUUGCCGGAGACCUAUGCGCCUGUCCUCCUCCGCAAGCGCGCCACGAGACUGUCGGCCAACACCGGCAAAGUGUAUCGGUGCCACCACGAUGUUGCCAAGCCCUUCAGCCACCGGGAAUUGAUCACCACCCAGCUCAAGGUGCCCUUCAAGCUGCUGUUUACGGAGCCUAUUGUGUUUACGCUGUGUCUCUACAUGGCGUGCAUCUUUGGAAUUCUUUACAUGCAAUUCACGUCGUUCCCACUUGUCUUCAAGGGAGCCCGCGGUUGGACUUCUGGCGAGUCGGCACUCGCCUUCAUCCCCAUGUCCAUCGGGUGCAACCUCGCCCUCCUCUACAUGGUGUUCUGGGGAAACCCUAAAUACGCAAAAGGUCUACAAGAGCUUGGAUAUCAGCCACCAGAGGCCCGCUUGCCUUCGGGCUUUACAGGCAGUGUCAUGCUCCCUGUCGGCUUGUUCAUUUUCGCCUGGACGUGCGUCCCAGUUCACAUCCACUGGAUCGUCUGCAUGAUCGGCCUGCUCUGUUUCGGAUCUGGAAUGGUGCUAAUCUUCCUCGCCACCCAAAACUACCUCGUGGACGCGUACCUCCCCACAGCCGCCUCUGUCAUGGCGGCCGGAACCGUUACUCGUUCCAUCAUCGGUGUCGUUCUCCCGCUUUUCACGUUGAACAUGUACGACGCUCUGGGCAUCAACUGGGCGUCGUGCGUUGUCGCUUUCAUUGCCCUCGUCUUCACUCCAGUCCCGGUCCUGCUGUUCGUGUACGGACGACGCAUUCGCCGCUUGACGAAACACGGCAGGAUGAGCGACGACCACUACCUCGCCCUCGCCGAGGCGCGUACUGUCCUUGUGCGGGAAAAGACGAGGGAGGGAGACGCGGAGAUGGCGAGCAGGAUACCGCCUAUCAACGAUAUCGACGAGGAGAACGACGACCCGGUGUUGGAGGACAAUCUCUCGGAGCGGUUUGCGAAUGGUGUUUUAUAG